CAYGCAGACCUAUCGCUGGCCAAUGGGCCCCUCAUCGAGGACAUCCGGCCAUUCCUUGGCAUACUGGCCGGCAUUGUGGGCAGUUUAUUUCUGGUGGCACUCAUCAUCGUGGUGGUGGUGCGGGUGCGCGGCUCGUCGGGACGCGAUCGCAAUAAUUACUCGCAUCCGGGCAACGGCGGCAGCAGCAGCACCGCCAACGGCAACGGCAACCUCGGCAUUCUCGGCAGCAACAACAAUGGCAGCCUGGGCAUCGGCACACUGGCGCACAAUGGUGGCCAAUCAGUGCAGGAUAUGCAUCGCAUCGGCCGGGAGACGUGCCACGUGACGAGCAGCCUGGACAGCAUUGAUAAGAAUCCGGACAUAAUACCGCAAGAUGGCCACGACGUGGACGACGAGUGGACAACAAAGGGCCACAAUCGUGCCUAUGCCACGGCCGCAUUGGCCGAGCAGAACGCCGUGAUAACCUCCACAACCUACGAUCACAUCAUGCCCACGUAUGCCGUGGUCGACAAGAAGACUGGCCCGCCCACAGCCCACGGCCAGUACAUACAAUAUAAUACGCUUAUACCCGUUGGCAAAAUGGGCGCUUAUGCCAAUCAGCAGCAGCAGCAACAGCAGCAGCAGCAACAACAGCAGCAGCAGCAGCACCAACAGAAGACUGAGCUCAGCUAUAGCGAGCUGGCUGGUGCCCCACUGGUGGGCAAUGCCGUUGGCGUUGGCGGCGUCCAGCGCCUGACGCCCUAUUGCAGCGCCACCUUGGGACGGCCGAGGCAGACGGACCUGAAGCGAGCCGAGCCGAACAUCUACUCGCAGGUAAAUGUUAUGAUGGAUGAUGAAAUUUUGGCGGACUUGCAGGCGGCCACGGCGUCGGGCAGCAGCUACGUGGCUGGCGCUGUGGUCGAUAAUGUGGGMGGGACUGGCGGGCUCUACAUGCAGGGCUAUGCGACGCGUGUCUGAAGGGAGUCUAAAAUGUUUUAUUUUUAAUUUUAUUUGUAUUUCUUUGCUCGGUUCGUAGUGCUGUUUAGUUGAAUUGCAUUGUUAAUUUCAUUUUGUUGUUGUGCUAUGAUUUAUGCUUUAAUAAAUUCGAAAACAUUUGGUUUGAUUUUUCUUCU